AUGAGUGCACCAGAGAUUGGCGGCUCCAUCUCCUCCGACCAAGUAAACGCCCGCAUGACCACGCUAGGAGCAAUGGGGCUGCGGCAAACGGCGCCGGGUGGCACGGGCAUUCCAAGCCUGACGGAACCCCAACGCGAGGUCAAAGUACCCAAACGACGUUUGCCUGCAGCGCCAGAAGAUCCGCUGAUGAAUCGUCUGAGGUUCCGCUACGCGACGAAGCCAAAAGAACAGAUGUAUGCUAAAGUGCCGUUGGCCGUGCCGAGUCUCACUGCAAGCGUAGGAAAGGAGUCACAGAAUGCGGUAGAGGCCUCAACGGCGGCUGUUCAUGAGGAGGUCGUGGGAAUGCUUUGCAGAAACCUCCCGCUCAUCGUGGGUUCCCCCGCUCAGCUGGAAACGAAAUUGCCAGGCCACGAAAAUGUGAGUGCGGGGAAUUCAAUGAACUUAGAUGACCGCAUUACCCCCCAAACCCUCUACACGCUUUUGCAUAAAGGCCGUGCUUUGGCCUCUAGGAUGGCCGCAAAAAGACGCGGCAGUCUUAUCGAGGAAGAGAUAAAGCCACCACUCAAUGCGAAGCUGGAUGGCCUACGCACACAGGUUAACCGCCUAGAACCGCCGUAUGUGGACCAUAUGUUGCAAGCAAAGGUCUUUGACAGGCCACGAAACGAUGAGGAUCCGACAUUGCGUGAGGUACUUCCCAUUACUUCGUUGUAUUCCAAGAGAAAACGUUCGAAAUGGGGUUCAACGCAAGAGUUUCAUUCUCCUCUUGUCUCACCACCACCUUCACGGACGCAAGAUACAGGAAUACAAAAUGAAUUAUCCUUUUUAUCUACUCCCACCGCAGAGAAGUCCACUGACAACGUGGGUGCCACGUUAAGUUUGCCGCUAACACGCUCUACCAACGUGGGAGAUGAUGCCUGUGUCAUUGAGCAAGUUGUUGCCUACGCCUCAGAAAAGCGACGGCCUUUGGUUGGUUGCAAUUCCCCGUCUAGGAAAAUAGAUGGCAUCCCACAACCGCACCCAUCGUACGCACCUGUUUUUUCUGUACUUGAUGCCGUACUUGCCGUUAGCAAGGAGUAUGAAAGACUACAGCAAUCAUGGCCUGGGGCCAGCACAAUGCAAAUGAGUGCCUCACGUCAGGCUGUUAUUGAUCGUAUUUCCUCGUGGGAGUCUUCUGUCAUUCCACGUUCUUUGUGGGUGAGUAUAAAUAAUCCUACCUUUCCAGGUUCUCGGCGGCACAAAAUUGAUGCAGAUGCCUCAAGUAAUUUACCCAAGAAAAGUUCGGUUGUGUUUCCAGCAGCAAAGGCUACUGGACGUGCGCAAGUUUACCUACUCGCUGAUGCUCUGGAUCGUAUGUUUCAGGAGAUCCCAGGUACACUCGCUGUAUUGGCAGACAAGGAAAUUGCGAAGCGUCUCUUGCCAACGGCCCCAGAUAAGGAUGGGCUUUCUGUGUACCGGAGUGAUUCCGAUGUUGAAAGGAUUAUUAAUUCACAGGCUAUAGAGGAAUCGGAUUCUGCCCAUCGGAUUUACGUUGAGGCAGCAGAGAAAGUCAUGAAAAUUGCGGAUAUAGGUUUUGUUGAAGUUAUACGGCAGGUUGCUGGCACAUGCAUGGAGCGUGGUGCUUUAUUGGACGCCCUUCGCCUCCUUAUGAUGGAUGUCACCUCAAGUUGUCUUUGGCUGGUUGGAUAUUGCAAGGAUCAGGCUCGUCGCGAGGCGCGAGCACGUCAAGAGUUGAUUAUGGCUUCUCGAAAAGAUGUGGAGGAACUUAUUUUGUUGCGAGAUGAGGUGAGGAAAGGGAGGCAGGAAGAAGCGAUGCUGCGCCGUGCAAAUGGUGAACUUGAGUACAGGGCCUCUAUGUAUGACACACUCAUUGAACGUCUACAACUGAAGGAUAAGAAUUUUUCAAAACACCCUGCUGAUGAGCACUUGCAUAUGCUAAUGGAAUUGGAGGAUGCCUACACACAGAUGACAAUAAAAGGACUAGAAGAAUUGUAUACGUCACAGAAUGCGGGAUCCAGUGAGACAAAUAAAGUGUUUGACGCCCCCACGACCCACAUGAAUGCUCUUAAACAGCAAGAGAAACAGGUGGCACGAGACGAGUUGUACGUUGAGUCCUAUCGACUUCUUGCUGCGCUCUCAGAAGCAGUACAGGCGGUAGACGACACAUGUGAGCCACUGUAUGAUUGUCUUUUAUUGCCUUCUCCUGGACCGUCCUCAAAAGUAGCGACGACGAAGUGGGCAGAGAUUGCUCGUGCGGUGGGUUCCUAUGAAAUAGAGAAGAAGCACCGCCAGCGUGUGUUUGAUGUGUUUGAACGCUGGAAUGGGAUGCGACGCAAAUCUGCCUCGGUGGGCGCUGCCACCUUAGAUGUCGAGUGUGAUGCCAAAGAUGAUGAGCACGCGCAACUCUCAGGGAAGCCAAGCUCACCCACGCCAGCCUCAACCUCUAUGUUUGAAAACGCGGAACCUAUGACGAAAAAAGGUGGUGAUGCCAAAAAACGUAUUCAGUUUAUUACAAGGAAGGAUCUUGCAGAUAUGGGUGUCACCGACUGUACACCAGAAGAGAUCAAUGCGCUGUAUAGUCACGAUUUUGACAGUGCAGCAUUUUUUAAACUGGAGUAUAAUUUACCGAGCGAGUAUGAAAUGACGCCGAGAGUCAUUUGUGACAUGAUACAUGAUGCCACCGAGUCUCUGAGGCAUAUUAAACUUCGCGUAAAAGCCCUUGCAAAUAGCGGUUUAGUGAAGGAAAGCCUAAAGCCACCCCUGAGGCCGCCUGCUUGUCCAGAAGACGCAUGUGCACUCUGUGGUAGACGCGAUCGCGUGGCGAUGGAACAGAAAAACAGAACGGAUGCAAUGCAACGGGUAGCAGAUGAAAUUCAACGACGUUACGAUGACAUUGUAAAGAGGUGUCAAAAGACGGAGUCUGAGCGGGAGCAUUACCGGAGGGAAAUCCAGCGCUAUCAAAUGCAGGAGAAGAAGCAACAAGAGGAGUGGAAGAUGCUGGAAAAUGGGUUGAGGCAGGCAAAUGCUGUGCUUGUGGAGGAAAAUCGGCGGCUGGCAGAGCAGGUGAAUUCAGCGAUGAACUCCAUGACGGAGGCUGGAGAUGGGCAUGGCAACUCAAGACUCACGCCUGCCCUAUCCUUCUCUUCCGAUAUGGCCAUGGGAUCAGAGGAAUUUGAGAGUGAAACUGUGGAUUGGGAGAAGGGAGACGAUGACGGAGAAAGUUACUUGUCAACUCCUGUGAAAAAUGGAAGAAAAUGA